GGAUGAGCAACGGCAGCCGGCUGGGCCUGCGGCGUCCAUGACAGGUCGUCUCUGCUCCCGCUGCUCCUCCCACAGCCGCCACCGCCGGCGUUAGCCGCUUCCCCGGCCCUGCAGCAGAGAGGGGGUUAGAGCCCACGGCACCACCAUGAAUGAAGUAUCGGUCGUAAAGGAGGGAUGGCUGCACAAGAGAGGGGAAUACAUCAAAACGUGGCGUCCCCGGUAUUUUCUGCUUAAAAGUGACGGCUCCUUCAUUGGCUACAAGGAACGGCCAGAGACAUCUGACCACAGCUUGCCACCUCUGAAUAACUUCUCAGUAGCGGAGUGCCAACUGAUGAAGACUGAGCGGCCUCGGCCCAACACCUUUGUCAUCCGAUGCUUGCAGUGGACGACAGUCAUUGAGAGGACCUUCCACGUGGACUCUCCUGAAGAGCGUGAGGAGUGGAUGCGAGCCAUCCAGACGGUAGCAAACAGCCUGAAGAACCAGGAACCAGAGGCGGAUGCAAUGGAUUACAAGUGUGGAUCUCCUAACGACAGCACCGGUGCCGAGGAGAUGGAGGUGGCUGUCAGCAAAACCCGCACCAAGGCCACCAUGAACGAUUUCGAUUACCUGAAGCUCCUGGGAAAGGGGACUUUUGGCAAAGUCAUCUUGGUGCGGGAAAAGGCCACUGGCCGCUAUUAUGCCAUGAAAAUCCUACGGAAAGAGGUCAUCAUUGCGAAAGACGAGGUGGCGCACACUGUUACGGAGAGCCGGGUGCUGCAGAACACCAGGCACCCCUUCCUCACCGCGCUGAAAUACGCCUUUCAGACGAAUGACCGGCUGUGUUUCGUCAUGGAGUACGCCAAUGGCGGAGAGCUGUUUUUCCACCUCUCAAGAGAACGCGUCUUCACGGAGGACCGAGCCCGUUUCUACGGUGCGGAAAUAGUCUCUGCACUGGAGUACCUGCACUCCCGGGAUGUGGUGUACAGGGACAUUAAGCUGGAAAACCUCAUGCUGGACAAAGAUGGCCAUAUAAAAAUCACUGACUUUGGGCUCUGCAAGGAAGGCAUCACAGAUGGAGCCACCAUGAAGACCUUCUGCGGCACUCCAGAGUACCUGGCUCCAGAGGUCCUGGAGGACAACGAUUAUGGCCGUGCCGUGGACUGGUGGGGCCUGGGGGUUGUCAUGUACGAGAUGAUGUGCGGCCGCCUCCCCUUCUACAACCAGGACCAUGAACGGCUCUUCGAGCUGAUCCUCAUGGAGGAGAUCCGCUUCCCUCGUACCCUCAGCCCCGAGGCCAAAUCCUUGCUGGCUGGGCUGCUCAAGAAGGAUCCCAAACAGAGGCUUGGCGGAGGUCCCAACGAUGCCAAGGAGGUGAUGGAGCAUCGCUUCUUCGCACCCGUCAACUGGCAGGAUGUGGUUCAGAAGAAGCUGGUCCCACCAUUCAAGCCCCAAGUGACGUCCGAGAUUGACACACGGUAUUUUGACGACGAGUUCACCGCCCAAUCCAUCACUAUCACCCCGCCGGAUCGCUAUGACAACAUGGGCUCCCUGGAGAAUGACCAGCGGACACACUUCCCCCAGUUCUCCUACUCGGCCAGCAUACGGGAGUAACUGGCAGCAGCGGCAUUUGGCCUCCAAGGAGGAAGAGGGUUUGGGGGUUCACUCACAGCGGGGGAGAUUUCUCUUCUGUGCCCAGCAGAAGUGGGGGAUGGGAUGCUGUGGCUCACCAGCGUUGCACUGCGGCGCCUUUCAGAAGCCAUACCCCUACGAAGUGCUCUCGCUCUGCGGCUCCCACUGGCACCAAGCCGUGCCUCCUGCCCCUAGCCUAGGACUGCUUUGAUUUUAAUUAUUAUUAUUUUUAUUUUUUAAACUCCUAGAAGUGCUCACAGCUUUUUAAAGCAACCCCCACUUCCCCACAACCAUGGCCUUGACCCCUCCGGGAGCUCAGCCAGCCCUCUGCCCGAUAAAACCCACUGCUCCCAGGUGGGGAGAAACUGUUUUGACAGCAGAAGAGAGGUGGAACCCCCCCGCCCCAUGUGGCUGGGAUCCAAUGCCAGCUGCCCCAAGGAACGUGGGGGACAACAGGGCAGGACUCCCCCUGAGACCGUGGGGGCCAUGUCUCACACCCUUAAAUCUUCCCAGCUCUGCUUUGAACUGAACCUGCAGUGACUGAAAACCAACCGUACCCUGGAAUCAGUGCCUCAGCAGAGGGGAGUGCCUUGACCCUGCGGCCGGCUGACGCAGCCCUAAGGAAAACGUGAUCCUAAAAGCAAUAGUUUGGCUUCUCCGGUGCCUUAAGGCCAGGAGCCGUGGUGAUGCUGGGCUCAGUGAUGCUGGCCACGUCCUCCAGCAUCCUCAGCGGAUGAUGGCGUCACCAGAACAACAGCCUCCGGUCCCAGCGUGGUGUUGCAGAGGGACAGGGCUUUUGCCGCCACACAGCCGGCUUGGCAGCCCCAGCUGCCAGCGUUGUGCCUGAGUUUCUUCCGUUGUAUGCCAUUGCCGACGAUGGUUCCACACCAGACAGACGCUCCCUGGAUGUCUUUCCAUAGAGGCCACUGUCACUGGGGAUGUUGGCUCCAGACCCUGCCAGCAUGGCAUGACACUGCUGGGACCUGGCAUUUGGGGAGCAUUGCCUUCAGUGGGACACCCACACUGACACGCUGGGCCAGUGACAAGCUGGACUUGCUGCCCAGCCUCUCCUGGCGCAGCCAACACCAGGGCCACAGUUUGGCGGUAGGAAUUUGGUGCCUGGUGCCACUUCCCUGCAGCGAAGAACUGAGAAAAGUCGAUUUUUUUUUUUUUCUUACUUCAUUCCUAGUUGCCCAAAUUCAGUUGAAUUAACUUAAAAAUACCGGAGCAGUGCAGGGGGCUGAGACCCCUCGACAAGGCAGUGGUGGCCUAGCAUCCCCAGCUCGACGGCAGUGGCUGGCCAGCAGCUGUCACCUGCCCUCAUAUUUGUACGGUACAAGCAAUAAAAUGGGGUUGGUUUUGGGGUUUU